AUGUCUACCUCCGCCGAUGAGUCUGAUGAGAAAGUGGUCCUGGUCGACUUUGAGGGUGACCAUCCUCAAGACUGGCCUGCCGUAAGGAAAUGGACUGUCAUGGCUACUGUGUCGAUUCCUUUGUUUUUGAUGCCACUGUCAUCCACAAUCACAACUCCCGCAGUUGCCGCGAUUGCCAAUGAGUUUCACAUCACGUCUUCCGUGACUGGACCAUUGGCAUUGUCGCUUUUCCUGCUCAUGUACUCUAUGGGACCUAUUCUACUAGGUCCUUUUAGUGAGCUAUAUGGUCGGUGGCCGGUGUUACAAGCUGGAAGUGUAUUCUAUCUCGCUUUCAAUAUUGGUGCUGGCUUUUGCACGAGUAUGACACAGUUAUUGGUGUUUCGGCUUUUGAGUGGAAUCGGAGCAAGUGCUUCGCUGGCAGUUGGUGCAAGCAUGGUCGGAGACGUUUUCCGCAAGGAGGAGCGUGGACUGCCCGUUGCUCUUGUGAGUCUAGGUCCUGUUCUAGGAUCAUGUCUCGGCCCUAUGGUCGGCGGCUUCAUUGCGGACUAUACUACCUGGCGCUGGGCGUUCUGGUCAACAUCUAUUGCGGCAGGUUUCUUCCUUGUGAUAUGUCUGAUCGCUGCGAGGGAGACAUAUGCUCCUAUCCUCCUGCUUCGCAAGAAGAAGUUGCUUAUCGCAGAGGCAAUUAGCCAAGGAUCAGACUAUGGCUGUGUCUGGAAAACACCUUUUGAAAAAGACGAAACAGUUGGCCAGCUCUACCGUCGAACAAUCUCUCGGUCUCUCUACUUCCUCGGGACCCAGCCAAUUAUCCAAGCUCUAGCCUGCUACUACGGCUAUCUCUACGGAAUUGUCUAUCUUCUUCUUUCCAGCUUUUCGGACCUUUGGACAGAACGCUACCACAUGAGGAUCAGCACAGGCAGUCUGAACUACAUCGCGCCCUGUAUUGGCUACGCUAUCGGAGCUCAGAUCUGCGCCUUCUUGACAGACCGUGUUUAUCGGUACCAAGUUGCCAAGAACAACGGCGUCGGCAAGCCCGAAUUCCGGCUCCCCAUUAUGGUGCCGGCCUCUUUACUGGUCCCGAUCGGUCUUUUCAUCUACGGCUGGACUGCCGAGUACAAGACUCAUUGGAUUGUACCCGAUAUCGGCAUCGCCCUGCCACUCAUGGGAGCAACAAUUAUCUUCCAGUGUGUUAGUGCAUAUCUUCUCGACACCUUCCCGAUCUACGCAGCUAGCGCCAAUGGUGCUGUCUACAUUGUUCGCGGGUUGACAGGGUUCGGCUUCCCGCUGUUCAGUCCAGAAAUGUACGCCAAGCUGGGUUAUGGUUGGGGGAACAGUCUUUUGGCAUUCUUGGGCUUGUUGAUCGGAUGUCCUAUCCCUUUCAUUCUCUGGAGAUACGGGGAGAGGUUGAGGGCCGUCAGCAAUUUUGCCGAUCAAACAAAGUAG